CUCACCUGGCGGCCUCCCCUUUAAGACGCGCUCACCUGGGCGCUCACCUGCGCGGGUGCUUCCGCAGGAAGAAGGAAGCGGCGCCACCGUCGUCUCUAGCCUUCGCUCCCGGCCUCACGGGUCCGCGGGCCGCCACCAUGUCUGCCUCGGCUGUCUUCAUCCUCGACGUCAAGGGCAAGCCCCUGAUCAGUCGCAAUUACAAGGGAGAUGUGGCCAUGAGCGAGAUAGAGCACUUUAUGCCUCUGCUCAUGCAGCGGGAGGAAGAGGGCGCUCUGGCCCCACUAUUGAGCCACGGCCGGGUCCACUUCCUGUGGAUCAAACACAGCAACCUCUACUUGGUGGCCACCACGCUGAAGAACGCCAACGCCUCACUCGUGUACUCCUUCCUCUACAAGACAGUGGAGGUAUUCUCCGAAUACUUCAAGGAACUGGAAGAGGAGAGCAUCAGGGACAACUUUGUCAUUGUCUAUGAGCUGCUGGAUGAGCUCAUGGAUUUCGGCUUCCCCCAGACCACUGACAGCAAGAUUUUGCAGGAGUACAUCACACAGCAGGGCAACAAGCUGGAGACAGGCAAGUCACGAGUGCCACCCACUGUUACCAAUGCUGUGUCCUGGCGCUCCGAGGGCAUCAAGUACAAAAAGAAUGAGGUCUUCAUCGACGUCAUAGAGUCUGUCAACCUGCUGGUCAAUGCCAACGGCAGCGUCCUGCUGAGUGAGAUCGUGGGCACCAUCAAGCUCAAGGUGUUUCUGUCGGGAAUGCCAGAGCUGCGGCUUGGCCUCAACGACCGCGUGCUCUUUGAGCUCACUGGCCGGAACAAGAACAAGUCUGUGGAACUGGAAGAUGUGAAAUUUCACCAGUGUGUGAGACUCUCCCGUUUUGACAAUGACCGCACCAUUUCCUUUAUCCCACCGGAUGGUGACUUCGAGCUCAUGUCCUACCGCCUCAGCACCCAGGUCAAGCCACUGAUCUGGAUUGAAUCUGUCAUUGAGAAGUUCUCCCACAGCCGUGUAGAGAUCAUGGUCAAGGCCAAGGGACAGUUUAAGAAGCAGUCAGUGGCCAACGGUGUGGAGAUAUCUGUGCCGGUACCUAGUGAUGCUGACUCCCCACGCUUCAAGACUAGCGUGGGCAGUGCCAAGUACGUGCCCGAGAAGAACAUCGUGAUUUGGAGUAUUAAGUCUUUCCCGGGGGGCAAGGAGUACCUGAUGCGUGCCCACUUUGGCCUCCCCAGUGUGGAGAAGGAGGAGGAGGAAGGCCGGCCCCCCAUUGGUGUCAAGUUUGAGAUCCCCUAUUUUACCGUCUCUGGGAUUCAGGUCCGAUACAUGAAGAUCAUAGAGAAAAGUGGUUACCAGGCCCUGCCCUGGGUCCGCUACAUCACCCAGAGUGGUGAUUAUCAACUUCGUACCAGCUAGAAGGAAGAUGAGGUAGGGCCUUGAACAUGGGCCUCCCUCUCCCUAAGCCCUGACUGCAGACUUUAGAGAGAGGGAAGAUGUGAGCAGGCCUCUGUGGGCUUAGCAGUUUCUUGCUUCCUGCUCCCAGCACGUGGCUCCCUUCCUGUCUUGUCCUCAAACUAUAUAGACUGGAAGGGAAGGGCUCUUGGCCUCCCUCUACAUCCCUCUGCCUCCUGGCUCCUCCUCUUCCACUUUCAUAUGAAGAAAGAGAGGAGGGACUUGAAAGCCCAUUCUGGUGUGCCUUCUUGCAGUGACCUGCCUUAGGGGUUGUCCAGGCCCUUCCUCCUUCACAGCUGCUGAGCCCAGAGGCCCCUCUGGUUCACUCCUAUGUGUUUUAGGAUGACAUUAAAAAGAUGAAUUUA